AGGGGUAGAUUACAAAUCCGUGGUUGUAUCUUCGCUGCGGCAAAUCUGCGUAUUGCACUGUCACGUUGAACUUAAGCAACAAAUCAAAUUUUAAUAUUACUUGGUAAACUUUAUUUAUAAAUAUUAUAUAUUAUUGAAGAUAAGCACAUGUGAAAUUUAUUAUUAUAAACUAGCUUUGGACGAUAUGGAACACUGCACCCGGCCUGGAUUAGGGUGUCAGUCGCGUCCUCCGAUCAAUCGGGUUUGUAUGUUUCACUAUCCACACAUUUUAAAAACUCUCCAGUGAAAGUAGUCAACAAUAAAUGGUGAAUUAUUUAUAAAAAAAAAAAAAAAUGUGUCUGAACAUUAGAGUGACCAUCUACAGCCAUAAUUGAUUAAACCUCAAAAUUUGAAGAUAUGUUGGAUUUAAAAAUAUGGAAUACGGCGAAGAUAAACAAUGUGUUGAAGAUUUUCAAAUAAUGAAGUCUACUCAGUGAAGAAUAAUUGUCUUAUUGUUUAUUUGUCAACUCUGUAAUGAUUACAAUUAUUGAUAAGAAAUGGAAAUUGGCAGUACUGCAAACACUAUUACUAAGAGAGUAGUCAAAAAUCAAAUUUCAAACUUGGAUUUAUCGACAAAAGUUACUGAUAAAACAAAUUGAUUAAAAAAAAAUGUCUGAUGAAAUGGUAAAGUAACGACAGUAUACAUAGAUGGCAAUCUUUAAAAAGUACGAAAGAAAAUGGAAGAAACGCUGUAAAUGAAACGUUAUAAAACAGUGUUAUGUUAGAAACAGUGAAGCACCCUCUUCGAGGGCGUACAGUAUUAGCUCUUUUGAUAAUAAACAGUACAUAUGUACUGUUAUCAGACGCAGCCGCGUUUCCCGAUUGGACAGACUGUCCGAUUGUCUGCAGUUGCAAAUGGACAUCAGGAAAAAAAUCAGCGUUUUGUCCAGACGCCGGGUUGACGUCUUUACCAGCAUCACUGGAUCCAGAUAUGCAAGUACUUGAUUUAUCGGGUAACAAAAUACCAGCAUUGCAAGAUGAAAUUUUCAAACGCAAUGGACUCGUCAAUUUGCAGAAAGUAUUUCUUCGUAAUGCGGGUAUACACGAAAUUCAUGCGGAUGCCUUCAAAGACAUGCGUAUACUUGUAGAAGUUGAUUUAUCCGACAACCAUGUCGCGAGUCUAGAACCAAAUACUUUUUUUGGCAACGAAAGGCUUCGAGUAUUAACUCUGAGUGGUAAUCCACUGAUUACCCUUAAAAGUCAUCAGUUUCCGCUGCUGCAGCAUCUAAGAUUUUUAGAACUACAGAGAUGUGAAUUGACUGAAAUUCAUAGUCUUGCAUUUGUUAGUUUACCCGGUUUAGAAUCAUUAAAACUUGAUAAUAAUCAAUUAACGCACCUGGAUGAUACGACAAUAUCAUCAUUACCAAGCCUAAAAACUCUUACACUUGACGCAAACAAAUGGUCAUGUGAUUGCCGAUUAAAGAGUUUUCGCAACUGGCUAAUACCCGAUGUACCAAAAAAGAUAUAUUCCGUAUCACAAAUUUGUAACGGGCCAUCAAGACUCGAGGGCCGUCGUUGGGAGGACGUUAAAUCCGCUGACUUUGCCUGUGCACCACAAGUCAAAGUCUACUCAAGUCCAAUGCAAGAAGAAGUUAACGGUAAUUUAAGUUUAUCUUGUCUCAUUUCCGGUGAUCCAUUACCCGAAUUUUGGUGGCAACUCAACGGCGGUUUUUUGAAUUUAACUCGCAACACUGAAUCAACAGCAUCGUACUCGCCAUUGGUAUCUUAUAUCGUAACUUUUACAUCAACACCAGAAUUCAACCACUAUCGUCCUGAUGGAAAGCUGCCAGAACGAUGGAAUAACAUAACAAUUUACAAUGCAAGUGACAGUGAUGCCGGUGAAUAUACAUGCCAUGCUAAAAAUAUUGCCGGUACUGCCAAGGACACUACGAAUAUUGUGGUACCUCGUGUUUUUACGGCACCAACUUUGUCACAGACAGACAAUUGGUUACUCUGGGUGACGCUCGCUGGUGGUGGUACAGCAGCAUUAUUUGGAUUUAUAUCAGCAGUACUGAUGGUUCUGUGUCUUUGCGGUGGAUCAAGAAGACGCAGUAGACGUGAAAAAGUUAAAUUACAAGGUAGUACUAGUUUUGGUGAUCAAGAAAAAAAACUAUUAGACUUAUCAGUAACAACAACUGGUACAAGUGGUUGUAAUACUAAUGAACGUAUAAGUGGCCAUGGUAGUUUAGCAGACACAUGUAGUCCUGGUGAUCUAGAACUUGCAGAACGUGCUUCCAUUUGUGAUGCCACAACCGUCACCGUCGAAAGACUCAGACCCGAGUGUGGUAGCAUUAAUUCGACGGCAUUACGUAAUAAUGUAACAUCGUGUUCAACAACUGGAUUUCCACCGCCACCACCAGAAUUUACUGGCGGUGUUUUACCUUCUGGUAUAUUUGGAAAUAUAUUUAUUUCAGUAGCUUUACCACAAGAUGUUGAACGUUGUUAUCCAGAUUUACUUGAUAUUCCAGUUCAUGCACCAACGAUAACUGAUAAAAGUAAUUUUCCAACUUCUUUACAAGCGUCAUCAAUGAUAUCAAGUUUUGCGACUCUACCACGCAGAUCACUACGUACUGAACUAGGAUCGCAGUAUGACAACAUGGGGCCACGUGUUACAGCCACCGGAAGUUCAACGUUUUCAUUAACGGAUGAUCUGCAUUUAUCACCGCCCCCACCACCGGUUAUUAAGCCGCCAAUAGAAUUUGUUUCUCUAUGAAAUGAAUUAUAAAUUUCAUUUUUUAUUUAUUUAAUAGUAAUAUUUAUAAUUAACAAUAAUUUUAAUCAUAACUAUAAAAAUAAAAUAAUUAAUAAGACAUUAGUUAUGUAUCUGAUCUUGUAUGUUUCGUCGUCUGCCUGUCUGUCCACUAGUCGUAUGAAAAAAAAAGAAAAUUAUUAAUAACAAUAAUAAUAAUAAUAAAUAAAAGAUUGAGUAUCACUUUAGUAUACUACCGUCUGAUUGUAAAAAUGUUAUGAGUGUUAUUGUUUGUGCAUUUGGAAAUGAUAUGUUUAUUAUUAUGAUAAUAGAUGCUAAUAUAUAUAAUUAAUGUUACGAUGAUAAAUUCAUAAUGUAAAUACAUAUUUCACAGUAUAAUACUUUCUUAUUUGAACUAUCGUAUAAGUUAUCAUAACUCUAAAUAAGAAAUAAUAAUAAAAAUAUGAAACAAGAAAAUAAGUAAAAAAAAUAUAUAUAUAAAUAUGAAUGAUUUUAGAUACCGGAUCAAUUACUUUUAACAAUCGUUUAAUCUAAUAAAGAACAGAGGUUCAGUAUCACUAGUAUGUUAACUCCACCUGUGUAUAUAUUUGUUACGUCAUAUAUAUUAUACGUAAAAAUAAUUAUUAUUAGAACUCAAACAAUCUUCCGUGCUGCUAAGUACGUUUAUUAUUGAUAAAUUAAUAAUAAUAAUAAUAAUAAUGAUAAUGAUAUCGUCAACAUCGAUAUUUAUUAUAAACGCUUUGUCAAUUAAUAAAAUGACUAAAUUUAAAUUAUUAUUACUA